AUGGUUACUUUUUUGCCACCUUUAAGCAAAAUGAUAUAUUUUAUUGAACGUAUUGUGAACAACCAUAUUAUAGCUGAUGAUCCAACUCCUGCAAAAUUUUUUUUGUAUUAUAAAAGGACUAAUGAUUUAAAUAAAGUACCAUCAGUAAAAAAUGUAAGAUGUUGUGCGAAUGAGGUUAUCAAAGCCAAAAGUACAGCCAAUUUGCCAAAAUCGAGUUCAAGUGGUAUAGUUGUUCUCGAUAAUGAAACUACUACUGUUGAAGUAACUGUCAAGAAAAAAUCAAAGAAAAGUUCAAAUGUUGAUAAGGCUGGAAUAAGCAAUGAUAAAUUAAACAGUGAUAAAAAACAACAAUCUUACGGGUUCGAUAAUUAUCAUUGGGGUAGAAUAUUACGCGAGCAAAAUGUAUCAACACUUAAGCAAAAUUAUCGCCCAAAUUCAAUUAAAUCUCAGCAGGAAUUUCACUCGACACCAAGGCAGCGAUCAUCUGAAAAUAUUUCUGAGAGAGAAGCUAGAAAAUUAUAUAAUCAAAAUAAAUCAAGACAUAACAAUAAUUAUGAUAUGUUAAUAGAUGAUAAUAAUUCAUUAAAACAAAUGACUCAUGAUAAUAAAUUUUUUUAUGGUGGAGGUAUGCCGUCCCAGUCAACAAUUAACAAUACCGAAUCAGUUUUAGUCAUUGACCGAGGUGUCCAAUGUGGUGGAAUUUAUGAUGGUACUAAUGAAAAUUUUCGUAAAUUAAAUCCUGUUAGAACUUUGGCAUUUUUGAUGAAAGAACUGGAGAGUAUUGUUGGUGGUGGCAGAGCUGGCGAAAUUUUAACUGAAAUGGAAGAAGCUCUUUUACGAAUUCCUGUUGAAUCGGGACAACCAUCUCAUAUGGACUUGGAAACAAUUGCUGCCAAAGCUAAAUUAGAAGCAAACAUAGCUAAAUUAGAAUCAACUUGUAAGUCAAUGGAGGAAGGAUACAAAUCUGUUCGGAAAGAAAACACCAUACUUCAACAGCGUAUUCAAGAACUAUCAGGGUUACUGAAACAAACGAAACAACAAGAGUGUGAAUUAGAAUGUGAAAUGAAACGAUUACGUACUGAUUUAAAUGAAGCAUUAAAAAAUGACCUAGCGAAUCGAAAACUUAUUAAUGAAUUACAAGAAGAAAAUAGACAAAUUGAUGUGCUUAAAAAAGAAUUAAAAGAAGAAACGGAGUUGACGCAUUAUUUAAAACUAGAAAAAGAAAAACUAACAAUUAUGUCUUCUUACAAAGAUGCUGAAUUUAUAAAACUUCGUAAUGCUAUCAAAGAGUUACAAAAUAAUAUUGCUGAUCAGUUGGUAGAUUUGAGGGAAUUUCCAAUGGAUAACGGACUGAUGUUUCCGGAACAUCAUUCCACAAUAAUUCCCGGUAAAGUUAUUGGUUCAAGUCCAUCACCAACGUUACACAAAUUACCUGAACCACAAGCAUGGCGAAAUGCAUCUGACUUAUCAGAUUCUACAAUCGAUGCAUUAGAUUCAAAUGCACCUGCAGCUAACCAACAAAUACCUUUAUCCAAUACAAAUAAUGAUACUAACAAUGAUAAAUUUCAAGAAAAAACUCAUUUGGAAUUUAUAAGCCUUGCUGGUGAGGAAUGUUUAGAUUCAUCGUCAUCAUCGUCAUCAUCAUUAUCAGAAGAUUUAAAAAGUAUUGAUGAAGUUGAUACAAGUAAAAAUCAAGAUAAAUCACCUGAUAAACGGAAAAAAAUGAAUUCAAAGUCAAAUAACACAAGAAGUAAAAAUAAAUCUAAAGCACGCAGUAAUAGUAUACAAAUUCAAACAGAAAAUAAUAUCGGUUAUCGUCAUAGUAAUAUGUCUUCCAAGAAUCUUAUUGACAAAGAUAUGAAAAAAGAAAUUCAAAUGAUGUUUGAAAAUAUGAGAAAAAAAACCCGUAUUCCUGUCAACGUGCCAAGUCCACCGCGUAAUUUUCCUAUUCCUGAUUGGAGUGACAGUACACUACCUACUAUGAGUAUAUCAGAGUCGACCUCUGCUUAA